GGCUUUCUUACUCUACAAAGAAGACAGUCGCAGCGAGUAACCCAUUUGGCACAGAGAUGAAAUCCACGAAAGCUUGUGCUCCCUACCUUGGCAUUGUUGUGGUCCAAUUAGCAUAUGCAGGAUCCAACAUCCUCUGCAAGCUUGCAUUAGAGCAGGGACUAAGCUUCCUCGUCUUCGUCGUGUACCGGCAUCUCAUCGCUUUGCUCAUCUUGGCUCCUCUCGCUUAUGUUCUCGAGAGGAACCGGAGGCCCUCCCUCUCAUUUCCUCUGCUCGUGAAGGUCUUCAUUCUGGCAAUGUUUGGGAUAACUAUUCACCAAAAUGUGUACUACCUCGGACUGGAUUACACUUCUCCUACCGUCGCCAGUGCCUUGAGCAAUGUCAUCCCAGCUCUCACCUUCAUAUUGACAGCUAUCCUGAGGAUGGAGAAGGCCAGCUUGAGGAGUCCCAAGGGGAGGGCAAGGAUCGUGGGUACCAUCUUUUGCAUCAGUGGUGCCCUAGUUUUCACAUUCUGGAAAGGCUUUCUGUUGGAAGGCUUUGUCAAGAGACCUUUGAUUGAGAUGCAUGCCGAAGGUGAUGUGCAUCACAAAGAAGACUGGCUUAAAGGCUCUGUUCUUAUCCUAACCAGCUACAUCGCAUACACUGCAUGGCUUAUUCUUCAGGUGCAUCAGACUGAAACCAGUGAGCAUAUAUCUCAGGCGAUCAUCUGUGAGGUCUAUCCAGCCAGACUAUCAUUGAACACCAUGAUCUGCUUCUUUGCAUCACUGCAAUCUUCUGCAGUUGCACUCGUCUUCGAAAGGAAUGCUGCAUCAUGGAGACUGAAUUGGAACCUACAGCUCCUCACCAUCAUCUAUUGCGGAACUGUGAUCUCUUGCCUCACAUACUACUUGCUGACGUAUUGUAUUGGUGAGAAGGGACCGGUCUUUGCCGCCACAUUCAUCCCACUGCAGCUGGUGAUCGUAGGAUUCCUCUCGGCCUUCAUUUUCGCCGAACGACUUCAUAUUGGCAGCUUGAUCGGGGUAUUCAUCAUAAUUGUGGGACUCUAUUGCGUUCUCUGGGGAAAAAGCAGAUACUCCAAUGAGUAGGACGAGAAGAGUUCUAUGAAAGCAUGUCAACCCUAAUCAGAAGUCAGAAAUAAAAAAGACAAGAAAAGAAAAGAAAAGA